UCUUUACUCCCUCAAUUUGUCCUCUAAUUUCUUUGAAGAUUUCGAAACACCCUUGAGCAAUCUUACUCCUGGUCUGGGUUUUGUUGACCUCCAUACAAACAAGCUCCAAGGGAAUAUGCUACCCUUGCCUUUAGAUGCUUACUACUUGGAUUUCUCAAGUAACAACAUAAAUUCUGUUAUUCCGAAUGAUAUCGGCAACAACCUAACAAACUUGGGCUUCUUCUCCCUUUCGAAGAAUAAUUUCCAUGGGUUCAUCGCGCAGUUUUUUUGCAAAAUUCCUCUUGUAGUGCUCGACUUAUCACAUAACCAUUUGAAUGGAACUAUUCCUGAUUGUUUAAUGAAGCUGGAGUCCCUCAUGGUAUUGAAUCUAAGGAAUAACCAGUUGAAUGGCGACAUUCCACAAAACUUCCCGAGAACAUGUAGUUUGACGACAUUAGAUAUCAGUGAGAAUAUGUUGCUAGGGCAUAUUCCGUUGUCGUUGGCAAGUUGCACGGCAUUGGAGUUUGUGAACAUUGGGGACAAUCAAAUAUACGGGACAUUUCCAUGCCAUUUCAUGGCUAUGUCACGUCUCCGUGUCCUUGUUUUACGAUCCAACAAAUUGUAUGGGGAAAUUGGAUGUCCGCAUAGUCACGACACCUGGCAAAUGCUUCAAAUCAUUGACUUGUCCUCAAACGACUUUGGUGGCACACUGCCUGUGAGUCUCCUUGCAUCUUUGGAGGCUAUGAAGGCCAAUAAGGACUUCGAUCAUCUACGGUAUCAGUUUUUUGAUUACUCAUUUAAUAAUGAGUUUUAUUAUGAGGAUACGAUGAGUGCAACCUCGAAAGAUCUACGGCUAGAACUCAUUAAGAUCUGGACUGUUUUCACAUUGAUCGACUUCUCGAGCAAUAGAUUGGAGGGUCCAAUACCCAAUGCACUUGGAGAUCUCAAAGCACUUUAUGUCCUCAACCUAUCACGCAAUGCCAUCUCGGGUUCAAUUCCUCCUAUAUUAGGGAAUUUGUAUCAGAUUGAGUCAUUGGAUCUAUCGGUGAAUUACCUUAAUGGAACCAUACCAGCUCAACUUGCAAAUCUCAAUUUCCUUUCGUUGUUGAACCUCUCAAACAAUCAACUUGUAGGAAACAUCCCGACAAGCGGACAAUUUCUCACAUUUUCCAAAAGUUCUUUUGAAGGGAACCUCGGAUUGUGUGGGCUUCAACUCAACAAAAGUUGCUCAAUUACCCCGAACAGGACGGAAGAAGUUGAUGUAGAUGGCAACAAUGAUGAUAGCGAGAAAAAGUGGUUUUACAUGGGCAUACCGCUUGGGUUCGUCGUUGGCUUCUGGGUUUUUUGUGGUCCAUUAAUGUUUGUGAGAUCAUGGAGGUUUGCUUAUUAUCGAUUCUGGGAUAAAGUGCUAUUCAAAUUCUUGCGACCAUGAAGAUUUCGGGAUAGAAAAAUGCAACUUCAAAAGCAUUUAGCAUUUUUCCUUUGUGCCUUUGCCACGUCCACGGCCGUCUUCCAGCGCCGCGCGAAGAAGGUAAGGGGUUUGUUUGAACACUUAAACACUCAUCAAGCAAAGCAUGUUGGGUUCUCCCGCCGCUUCCACCUCCUCCGCCGCCACCGCUGCCGCCGCCGCCGCUUCUUUCCGGAGCUCUUUGCUUCACUUCUCCACCAUUCACCGGGCCAGAACUUGCCCUUCCACCUCUCAGCCGGUAGAAAUUCCGGCGCAAUUCGUUCAUCUCAUAAAGUUUUUGUUUUCUUUUCGUUUGGGCCUUCUCUUUUUGUGUGGCUUUCAGUCUCAGCUCUCGACUCUAUCUGCUUUCUCUCCGUCUUGCCUCAUGGGGGUUGCAGGUACCUGUGGGGUGUGUUCGACUUCAAUCGUGUUCGUCGUCACGCGCUGCUCCUCUCCGAUCAAAGCCAUGGCUGCCGAGGCUGAGAUUCUGUCCGUGCCCGACAAGGAGCUGCGCCCUUGUUCUCCUCAGGGCAAGCAGGCAUUGAUAUCUUUGUCUGACAAAACUGAUUUGCUUUUCUUGGAAAAGGCCUCCAGGAAUUGGGGUAUACUGUUGUCUCAACUGGAGGAACCGCAUCUGCUCUGGAAAAUGCCAGGUUGUCCGUCACCAAAGUGGAACAGCUUACUUGCUUCCCGGAGAUGGUUUGUUUCUUUGUCCCUUACUUGCAUUGUUUAUUCUUUUCUUUCUUUAGUUGCCUUGUCUUAGGAAGCUGAUUGUAAUGAGUGAUGACGACAGUCGAGAUUGGCACUGCA